AUGUGGAAAAAUGACGAGUUUGUUCGAGGUCAUUGGAGGCUUGCCGGAGGUGAAAUGGUGCCAUUCCUCGACCGCGAGGGAGACCCACCACCACCACAACCAACAUCCGUCCCACCACCGCAGCCACCAUUGCUCCCGACGAGCAAUCCCACCGCCGGCGAAACCCCGUCGAACAUGACCGACCACAGAGCGGUCCAGCAGGGAGCGAUCAUCCAGAAUGAAGUGAACGAGGAGGGAGUGAUCACCCAGAAUGAAGAGACCGAGGAUGAAGAGGGCGGGCAUGGAGUGCUCAUCGAGACUGUAGUUAACCACGCGGAGGGAGUGAUCACCCAGAGAAUAGUGAGCGACCACGGAGUGAUGACCAGAAAUAUGAUGAUCGCGAAUGUGAACGUGGAGGAGGGAACGGUCACCCUGAGAGAAGUGAGCCGGCUGGGAGAGGUCGUCGAGAAUGAAGUGAACGAGCAGGAAGACACACAGGUUGCUGGUGACCAGACAGACCAAGAAGAGGACUUGGAGUCGGUGGAUGACAACUUUGCAACCUACGGCAUUGCGAUUGGCGAAAUCAAUUCGCACAAUCUGUCCAAUGAGCUGGUAGCUGCACGCGAAAAGCUGUUGACAUUCACGGACCGGUUGAUCAACUACACUGAUGUUGGAACUGAGCCGGUGGUAGACGCCACGGAUCGGGAAGACCAGGGAAUGUCGCAGAAGGCCGAGUAUCUGUGGGGCCAAGUCAACUACUCCUGGCUGACCCUUCUCAAUGGUCAAAACGACCUGAUGAGUGACGCUAUGGCCUGCAUGCUGAUCGGGCUGUGGACAGGCCGAGAGCUAUUCUCGCCGCAACAUCACGCUGUUACCAAGAAGGUGUCGGAGGUGUUGGGUCAGAAACUGGUCAGCCUUGGCCCUUGGGUGUCGGGCGAAGGCGUCUCGCCGCCCACGCCACUAGCCGUACUUCUUUUCGGGUCCGAGACCUCGACGCACCCUCUGCAACGCCGGUGCAAACUGUUGGGGGAGACUCUGCUCGCUCUUUCUGGCUCAUCUAUGGGGGGAGCAGUCGACGAGACGAUGGCGAGAGAGACGGCGCAGGUGCUGGGGACCCUCUUCGAUAGGGCGGAGUCGAAGAUCAUGGGGUCGGAGAGUCUCAAGCUCUUUGAUCUGGGACUGGCCGGUGUGAAAGAGUUCCAGAGUGAAUUCAUCUGGCUCAACGAUCUGGCGCUCAGGCAGUAUUUCUCUCCCCUCCGUCCGGACGUCAGGCCCGAGAAUCUACUUUCUGUCGAGAAUCUGGAGGAGAUGGCGAGCGUUGCCCUCAGACACAGCGACAAGUUGGAGCCAAAAGGACUGGUCGAUUGCGAAAGGGGUAUAUGGGAGGGAGACAUCAUUGACCUACAAGCACCGCCGCACCAUAGACUGCGCCCGGCCAUCGGCUCUGCGGGAACUUUCGAAGACAUUAUGGAUCGUGUCAUGAAAUGCGUGGAUUAUCAAUACUAUGAAAUGGUUGGCCGGUCUACAGAGGAAAAAGCACAAGCAACGCCGCACAGUAGACUGCGCCUGGGUAUCGGCUCUCCGGCCAUGGUCAUCCUCUCUUUUUUUCCUCAGACCCUAGAAGGAAUGGCUGGUGCAAUGUCCCCCUAA